AUGAGUUCGACGCCAACGGAAGAGGAGGCAAGUGCUGAGGACCAUGUCCAAGCCGCCUUUGAAUCUCCAGAGAAUGUGGAUGGCAGCAGCAAUCAGGAAGUAGAUUUGUCACAGGCGGAAGAAGACACAAGAAUAGUAGACUGGCUUGAGGAAGAGAGGGAGAGGGACCUUGAUAACGUUCCGAAAUCUCGUCCAGACGCAUUCCAUGGCUAUCCAAAUGUUCAAGGGUCCCAAGCGGAAAACGACGAUGGACUGACUCUGCCUUUAAGAGAUACGGUUUCCAGAUCACCCAGCCCAGCUGAAACGCUCUCGACACCAGACGAUACGCCGUCUCCACAUGGUUCCUUCACCUCCUCUCACGGCGGCAGUACCCUUACAUUUGGGAGAAGCCCGACGCCAUCUCUCCGACCUUUUGAUCGCCGAUUUCAAUCAAGAAUUGCGUCGUCUCCUCUAAGCACGCCACGUUCAAUAUCUCCUGCUUUUCUGAACUCACACUCGCGACAAUCCUCAUCAUCUGGCCAGUUAUUUCGUGAUCAAGAAGAUGUUGAAACUCCAACUUCACCAUGGGAGGUUGUUCGUUGGACUCGGUUGAAGAGAAUAUCUGGACAGGCUUUGUCCGAAAUUGGAAAACGGAGCUUUGGGCGCCCGACAUGCAUAUCAGUCUUCUCCUCUAUCGCAAUAGGGACCUCGAAAGGCAUUAUAUUGGUAUUCGAUUAUCACCAAAAUCUCAAGUCCAUCAUAGGACAAGGUUCCAAAGCCAUUGAAUCUGGAGCGGUAACAUCUCUGGCGAUAUCAGCGGAUCAAACAACCAUAGCCAGCGGGCACAAAAAUGGCAACAUUUUUACUUGGGAGCUUGCAAGGUCAGGAAAGCCAUUUCUAUACAUUCCAGCUCUUGAUGCUCUUCAUUUGAGUCGUCAAGGUCACGGUCACGUAUCCGGAGUGGCCGUAAUCCAUCUCGGAUUCCUUGGAACAAGGCAUACUGCACUCGUAUCUGCAGACGACCGGGGCAUGGCAUUUUCGCACCUUGCCACAAGAGGAUUCGGGGCUGUGUCUCGGACCGUAAAGACAACAAGAAUUCUAGGAAGGUAUCCUAAUGAUAGCGUCAACUUAGACCGGCCGCGUAAACCGAGUACUGUUCUGGCGUUUUCACCUCUACCACUGGGAAAUGCCGAGCAGCCCACUGACUCUAUGGGAUUGGUGGCAAUGCUUACGCCAUACCUACUUGUUAUUGUUUCGACAACGCCUGUGGCACACACUCAGCAUAAGGCUGCUCGCCCUAAGGAAGUUACUCCCCACGGUGCUUUGAGUGGCUGUCUUGCAUGGUUCCCGGCCGUGAAGCUGAAGUCAAAGGGAGACGGUUCGCCUGCAGCCGUGUCCCGAGCGAAAUUGGUAUACUGUUGGUCAAAUGUCCUCACAGUCUUGGAUAUUUCUGAAGGGUCGACCUCAGACUCAACUGAGAAGGAUGGGCCCCCGAAUCUAGAAUUUCGAGCUCGUAAUCGAUGGAAGCAUGAUGAAUCGAUUGUUGCGGUCCAAUGGCUCAGCAGAUCAGUAAUUGGCGUACUUACCGUGACCCAAAGGCUUUUGAUCAUUGAGGACGGUUCACUUCGGGUAACCGAGUCAUUUGAUUUGAUACACAGGCAUAUUCUUCACCAAGACCUCUUUUCGCAACAACUGCACGACCUAGUGGAGCGUUUGGAGGACGAUGACGAUAAUGACAAUGAAAACGACGCAAGCAUGCAUGGGGUGAUCGCGGAUGCCUUCUACAUGAGCUUCAAGGCAUAUAAAGGCCGGAUCUUCCUACUAGGCUUCGAUGAUGUCUCCGUCGGAACACUCUCAAAUUGGGCAGAUCGACUAUUAUCAUUGAUGGAGAAUGGAGAUUUCAUCGGGGCAAUUGAGCUUGCGACAUCCUACUAUACUGGCGAGACUGAUAAGUUGACCGUCGGUUUACCUGAAGAUGAUUCACUACGACACUCCGUCGUGAAGGACAAGAUGCUCGAAAUGGUGUCUGCCUCUCUCAAAUAUGCCUUUGGCAGAAAUCAAGAGGCCGGUUCAGAGAAAAUUGAGCGAGAUCAGCUCGAGAGACUAGCAAGUGCGUGUUUUAGUGCAUGCAUCUUCAUGAUGGAUACCGAGUUCCUGUUCGAUUCUGUGUACGAUUGGUAUGCGGAUGGCUCUGCCGAAGAUAUUUUUCUAGAAACCCUUGAACCAUACGUACUGGAAAGGGCGAUAAGUUAUGUUCCGCCAACGGUUGUCAAGGGUUUGGUGUCUCACUAUACGUCGAGGGGCCUCGGGACACGGUUGGAAGAGAUGAUCUGCCAUCUGGACACGGCCACAAUUGACAUUGACCAGAUCACUACCUUAUGCAAAAGACAUGGCCUCUACGAUGCAUUGACUUACGUUUGGAAUCAAGCGCUCGAUGACUAUAUAACUCCACUUGUCGAGCUCCUGUCUCUGCUGAAGCCUGCAACUUCGGAGAGUAAAGAGGCCAAUGGCAUUCAAGAACGCACCAUGGACGAGGUUAAUGCCAUAAAACUUUUCCCCUAUCUCUCUUAUACUCUCACCGGUAGAAUAUAUCCGACUGCAGAUCCCAUUCCCGAAGACAAAUCGACUUCAGCUAAGGCGCAGAUAUAUUAUUUUCUCUUUUCUGGCAAAAGCAUAUCAUGGCCAAGAAAUUCUGGUCAUGUCAUUCUAGCGACAUCUGAGGCCCGGUCAGGAUUGUCAUUUCCAUAUUUGCGGGCAAUUCUGUCAUUCGACGCUCCCAGCUUGUUGAGCGUCCUAAACGAAGCCUUUGAGGAUAAUUUUUUGAAUGGAACCACUUCUGGCUUAGACGAUGGCGAUGAGCCCACUCGAAAUUCUGAAGAAGAUCAAGCCCUGGGUAAAUCGGUAAAUCGUCAAUAUAUUGUAAGCAUGCUCCUCGAGGUCAUGUCUCCUCCUUCAUUUCCGCCGGAGGAUACCAUUUAUCUCGACAUGUUUCUCGCUAGAAAUCUGCCAAAAUUUCCUCAAUUUAUACUUUUGCCUGGCUCAGCCCUGACCAGGGUCUUGGUUGGUCUUUGCAACUAUCCUAGUCCUGAAGUACGGGAGGAUUGCCAGCUCAGCGUCGAGUAUCUACUUUCGAUCUACCGUCCUCCCGACGUUGAUUCGUUGAUACCACAAUUUAUCCGAGCUGGGUUCCAUCGCGUGCUCAAAUCCUUAUACAAGGCAGAAAAGAAAUAUUCGGAGUUGCUGGAAACAUGCUUUGAUGAUCCCGAAGAUCGCGACAACAUUUACGAAUGUAUCGAAGAUUGCCUACGACCUCGCGCCGGUCUUACUGAAAAACAGAUUCGUCAGGUGCGCUCAGUUAUCACAAAACGGGCUCGUGAGCUUGGAGAGCUGGACGUGAUUCGCACCGCAAAAACUAUUGACACUUAUGCACCGGAUCUGCAUGGGACAUUGUUGGAUGGGCUUGUUGACGAUACCCAAUCUCAAUUUUUAUAUUUGCGAACAAUUCUUGAGCCAAGUUAUGGAGGCGCGGAAGUUCCAAUAGGGCCGGCACGGCUACCUCAGUCAGAAUUUAUCGAGCUUUAUGUUCGACUCAUGUGUGAAUACGAUGCUUUUCACGUCGCCGACUAUAUUGGGUUGGUCAAAGCUGGCGAGCUCCGCCUGGAACAGGUUCUGCCUGCCAUGGAGGAUUACGGCGUUGUAGAUGCCGCCGUUGUUCUCCUGGCUCGCGAAGGUCAAGUUCAGGCGGCUAUGGAACGCCUCAGUUCUCAUUUCACCACGCUUGAAGCGGCUCUACUGGGCUUGUGUAACGCCUUCAAUGGUAACGGAGAUUCUGCCAACAAAUCGGAUGCCGCCUCGGAAGUUGUGGAUGCUGUGCAAAAGUAUGCUCUUGUCGGGAUUUGGCUCUGUCAAGGUCAGAUGAAAACAUCUCAGCAGAUAAACGGAACACAAUCGACGGCCACAAAUCAGAGCAAGUCCGACUCCCGUGAACUGACUACUGAGGAGACUCUUUGGCUUGAACUUGUUGAUGCGGUCGUGCGUGUGACCAAAAACGUAUCGGCAGCACUACCUGAAGAGACAGUGGAGUCGGACUACUCAAUCGACGGCAGAUCCAACCACGAGCUUAGGCCGGCUGAUAUUCUCAAUUCUCUCCGGAGCACAGUUCAGCAAACAUUUACCGCUCUUCUGCGGAGCACGGCUACCAGAGGCUCUAAAGAGAGGGGCCGGCCCGACCAUUCUUUCCUUCGUAUCCUUCAGGCCUUUUUGGCUCGGGCAUCUCUUGCAUCGCCUUCAUUAUCAGAUCUUCGCACCGUUUUGUCGACCAUCUUUUCCGCUUACGCCUACGAAGAGUCACUUUUGUCGCUUGCCAAUCGCCUCCUUGACCGAGAUCUAUUUGUUCAAGUAGCUGAGGCGAAUCAGCUUCGACAGCGGGGUUGGAAGCCCCGCGGACCUACCUGCGAAGGGUGUGGACGGCGUGUCUGGGGUCCAGGUGUUGGGGGAGGUAUCUGGAAGGCAUGGCAGGAAAAGAGGGCGGAAGAAGAGCGGAGGAAGCAGGCCAGCCGUGCGGAGAGGAGCGAUUCCAGUAUCAGCCAGUCUCGAGAUCGCGGGAAAGGGCGGGCAACGGUGGAUAGGGAGGGCAGCCCUUUGCGAAGUGCUGCUCAGGAACCACAUCCAGCCGAGGAAGGCGAAAAGGGAAAUGGGAUUGGCCAUGGUGAAGCUGGCAUCGCGGAGGAUCUUGGACCCCUUAUUGUGCAGUCGUGUGGGCAUGUCAUGCAUCGUGUGUGUUUUCAGCGAUUAACCAAUCGUGCGGAUGAAGAGGACGAUCAAGCAGGAGGUGGAGAGCAUGCUAGCAGAUUUGAUGAUGGGCACUCGGACUUUGGCUGUCCAGCAUGUAGAUAG